AUGCCUCGCAUGAUAUCUUUUCAUCAUCUUGCACGAUUCUUAAGGCAAAAGCUAUUUGUUGAUGGACAAUGGGAUCACACUUGUAUGCAACUUCAAAAAUUGAGAGUCAAAGCGAAUGAUGAUUCUAGGAGGGAAACGCGAGUUGUAAGAUCAAGAUUUAGAGGAAUUGGAGCCAUCUCCGUUUACUUUUAUAAAGCUAAAGAUUUGGAGAAGUUGAAAUUAUAA